AUGGCUAAGCACUUCUAUGCUAGACUGGUGGCCUUGAUCGUUUCUGUCCUUGUGGCCUUGGUCGCAGGAACACCUUAUUUAUAUGGUAUCUAUGCUCCUCAAUUGGUCAGACGAGUUGGGUUCUCCACAUCAAUAGCAGCUACCAUCUCACUAGCGGUCACUGUCGGUACAGGCUUUGGUGGGUUGCCUGCCGGUUUACUUAUCGAUAACUUCGGGCCUCACAAGCUGAUUCUACUAGGCUCCUCGUGUAUAUUUACGGGAUACUUCAUUUUGAAUCGUGUGUACACGUUGAUUAUUUCUAACUUGUUCUUAAUCUCGUUUGCGAUGUGUCUAAUGGGCUUUGGGUCCGGGACCACAUUCUUUUCGUGUUUGAAGGCGGCCCAGGCAAACUUUCCGCAUCAUAGAGGCUCCGCUAGCGCUCUUCCAAUCGGUGCGUUUGGCCUAGCUGCCACCGUUUUUCUGUUAGUAGCUGCUGUGUUUUAUGCUGACGAUCCUGGUGGUCUACUUUUAUUCUUAUCUUUAUUUUGUGGUCUAGUGGCAUUUAGUGGGUCGUGGUUCAUACACGUGUAUGAUGUGGAGGAGUCUAAUGCAGAUGAAGAAGCUAUCUCGGGUCAAAGACACCAACUUUAUCGUCAGUCUUCUUUCUUAAGUCGCCUUGCGUUCUGGGGCCUCAACAAAUCUGAUACAAGUCUUGUAUCUGAACAAAGUCUGCUUCUUAGCGGCCAACAAACUCCACGAAAGACUCCUAAUAGUUCCAGGUCUCGUUCCACUGCGCUGUUUCCUUCAGAAACUGAAGCAACGGAACCACAUCCACACGAUAGUUUUUCUGAGCUAAUUGCAUCUCUUAAACGAAUCAACUCUCCCAGUGACAUUGUGCUCGCUUUAUUAAAGAAUAAGCUCUACUUAACACAUUAUUUGAUCUUGGCCUUGUGCAGUGGGAUGGGCCAGGCGUAUAUCUACACCGUGGGCUUCAUCGUUCGAGCUCAGUUUUUCCAGAAUCCAGGGAAGUACGACUCACCUACGACUCUACAGGCACUUCAAGUCUCUGUGAUUUCAAUAUCACAAUUUUGUGGUCGUAUAGCAGCUGGCAUGCUAUCAGACGUUGUCAAGAAGAAACUCAAAGCUCAAAGACAAUUGUUGGUGCUCGUUUCCAUCGGAUUCAUGAUGAUUGCACAACUUAUGUUGAUCUUCACGAACAAAGUUCAGCUAUUGACAUUUAUCUCCACCUUGAUAGGGUUUUCGUACGGUAUGUUGAACGGUAACUAUCCAUCAAUCUUUGCAGACACGUUCGGUACGAAGCAUUUUACCACAGCGUGGGGACUCUCCUGUUCAGGCCCUAUCCUUGUUCUCUACCCACUUCAGCUACUUUUUGGUUGGAUCUAUGAUUCAAAAGCAAGUGAAAAUGGGACUUGCUAUCAAGGAAACGCUUGCUAUAAGGGCGUUUUCGAAGUGGCUAUAGCACUCAGCUUAUUGACUACAGGGAUCAAUUUAGUUCUCAUACAUCAUCAUAGACAGCGUUAA